AUUUUUCGUGAGGAUCUGUCGCUAAAGACCGUUUUUCAGGCCUGUUCUGGCCCUGUGGAAUACACCGCGAUCAACGAGAAAAACCCCGGCCAAGUAUACUACUGGGUCAAUUCGGCCAAGCACAAUCUCGAAAGUACCGGCCUUGUGACAAUUUACACCGGUAGCCGAUUGAAAGGCUGGAAACAGCAGAUGGAUCGCUUUGAGGGGGUUGAUACAGAUUGCCACCCCUAUAUGAUUUUGUCAGGCAUUGGGAAGGCGAAAACUGACAUACCGUGCGCUCUGUUCUUGCGCCUGCUCGCAAUCUGUGAACCCGAUUUCGAUUUUACAGACAAAGUGUUUUUGUCAUAUGGCUCUUUUGAAUUUGCUAAAGCUAUCUGCUUUCUUGGCGGGACAUGUGAUGUUUUCAUCACAGAAGCUGAACAGUUCCGCGAAAAAGCCAACGCUUUCAUGGAGCACUCCUCUUGGAACGAUUUUAUCAGAGCGAUGAAAUUAGAUGAGAAGAGUGCUAAAUUCGCACAUUAUAUGAAAGAAAAGAGUCAAGAGGAAUCCACCGAGACUUCUUCAGAUUGGGAGAGUAUGUAGUGGCCAUGGAAGCAGGACAGUACGACGUAUCGAAGUGUUUACUGAUCAGAAACAUAGCAGUAGCUUGAAUUUGAUGUAUUCAAAUGAUGAAUAUGUGGUAGUCUAUUCAUUUGUUGUGUGCCCCUGAACAAAAUCC